UUUGCGGGAACAUAAACCAGAGAUGUAAAUUGGGGUGAAAGAAAAAGGGAAUAAUAAGCAGCGAAAACCCAGAAAAAUUCACAAUGAAAUUUCAUCAUUUGAGCUUCUUUUUGAUUCUAUCAUCAUUCACUGCACUCACUCCACUCCCCACAGUUCAAUUCCCCAAUCCCAAUGACUCCCACACUAGAAGGAUCCUACACCAACCCUUGUUUCCGGCGAGUUCUGCUCCGCCGCCAGCCACUCCUCCGCCGCCGCAGCCGGAGGAAACCCCUUCGUCUCCCGACAUUCCUUUCUUCAACGAGUAUCCAGCAGCGCCGCCACCGCCGGACCUGAACCUGUCGCCGCCGUCAACCUCCAACAACACAACCGCGAAUUACCCGACGGCAACGCAACCCACGAAGCCGACGAAGAAAGUUGCGAUUGCGAUCUCCGUGACGAUCGUGACGGUGGGGAUGUUCUCCGCAUUCGGCUUCUUCUUGUACAAACACAGAGCGAAGCACCACGCGGAGACACAGAAGCUAGUGAGUGGUGGAAACUCUCGGAGGGUUCUAGAAGAUUCUCCGAGGGCCCCACCUCCCUCGAGCUUCCUCUACAUUGGGACUGUGGAGCCCAGCAGAACGUCGGUGAGCGAAGCCAAUGGUGCAGACAGGUCACCUUAUCACAAGCUCAAUUCCGUUAAGCUGAAUUCGGAUCAUCGUUACAGGCCAAGUCCCGAGUUGCAACCAUUGCCGCGGCUGAGCAAGCCCCCAGCCGACGAGACCCAAUCGCCGCCGGCGGCCUCCUCGUCUUCGUCAUCGUCGGACGAGGAAAGCCGCGAGACGGCGUUUCAUUCGCCGCAUGGGUCCUCGUCUCUCAGCCACGAGGAUAGCUACUACACGCCGGUUUCUCGCCUUGCCAACGGUAGCCCCGCCGCACCGGCCGUCGCUGCUCCGGUGGUUCCUUUCUCCAAGAGAACCUCGCCUAAAUCUCGGUUUUCUGCUUCGUCGCCGGAUAUCAGGCACGUCAUCAUGCCAUCCGUAAAGCAUUCUCAGCCGCCGGCGCCGCCACCGCCACCGCCACUACCUUCAAUUCAACAUCUGCAUAUGGAGAUAGAAGUGAAACCCGAUCGUUCCAGAAGGCCGAAAUUCUCAUCGCCUCCCCCAGCACCGAAUUUGACGCAUCUUCAUACAAACAUAUAUAAUACUUCACUUAAACCUCCUCCUCCUCCGCCUCCACCGCCACCGCCACGAAAGGGUUGGUCUCCGGCAAUAAGUGUAUCGUCUUCCUCUUCUCCAAGAAAGCAGCGACGGUCUUGGUCUCCUAAUCAAGAAGUGGGUUCUGGUAACAGUGUGAGUGUGACGAAAGCUUCAGAGGAAGUUGAUGACAUGGAUGGAGCUAAACCCAAGUUGAAGGCUCUGCAUUGGGAUAAAGUGCGUGCUACCUCAGACCGCGCCACUGUGUGGGACCAGUUAAAAUCAAGCUCCUUUCAGUUAAAUGAGGACAUGAUGGAGACCCUGUUUGGUUGCAAUUCCACAAAUUCUGCCCCUAAAGAGGCUGUUACUAGAAAAUCAGUUCUUCCCACUGUUGAAAAGGAGAAUAGAGUGUUGGACCCCAAGAAAUCCCAAAACAUAGCUAUACUACUCAGGGCACUGAAUGUGACAAGAGAUGAGGUGUCCGAAGCUCUUUUAGAUGGGAAUCCUGAAGGUUUGGGUGCUGAGCUAUUGGAAACUCUAGUAAAGAUGGCUCCAACAAAGGAAGAAGAGAUAAAACUUAAAAAAUAUGAUGGUGACCUUUCAAAACUUGGGUCUGCAGAGAGAUUUCUCAAAGCAGUGCUUGAUGUACCUUUAGCUUUUAAAAGAGUUGAAGCCAUGCUGUACAGAGCUAAUUUUGAAACAGAAGUUAAAUACCUUAGAAAGUCCUUUCAAACCCUGGAGGCAGCAAGUGAGGAAUUAAAGAACAGCCGGUUAUUCCUCAAACUUCUUGAAGCUGUUCUCAGGACAGGAAACAGAAUGAAUGUUGGCACCAAUCGUGGGGAUGCUAAAUCUUUCAAACUGGACACACUCCUAAAACUUGUGGAUAUAAAGGCAACAGAUGGAAAGACCACAUUACUCCACUUUGUGGUCCAAGAGAUCAUUAGAUCUGAAGAUACAGGUUGUGAAUCUGCAAAUGAGAAUGUUCAAAACCAAACGAAUUCCCAAUUCAAUGAUGAUGAGUUCACAAAGAAAGGACUGCAGGUUGUGGCUGGAUUGAGCAGAGACCUUGGUAAUGUUAAAAAGGCAGCGGGAAUGGACUUGGAUGUCUUAAGCAGCUAUGUCUCAAAGCUUGAAAUGGGGCUUGAUAAAGUGAGGUUGGUUUUGCAAUAUGAAAAGCCAGAUAUGCAAGGGAAUUUCUUUAACUCGACAAAGAUAUUUCUGAAAGAUGCCGAAAAGAAAAUUGACUGGAUCAAGGCUGAUGAACGGAAGGCCUUAUUCCUGGUAAAAGAAGUUACAGAGUACUUUCAUGGGGAUACAGCAAAGGAAGAAGCGCACCCUUUCAGAGUUUUUAUGGUUGUAAGAGACUUUCUAAAUAUUUUGGAUCAAGUAUGCAAAGAAGUGAUGCAGGAUAGAACUGUGAUUAGUUCAGCCAGAUCCUUCAGGAUAGCUGCAAGUGCAUCAUUACCUGUGCUCAACAGGUACCAUGCAAGACAAGAUAGAAGUUCAGAUGAGGAAAGCUUAUCCCCCUAGUGUUGUGAAUACGAAAGAAAUAAUAGUCUCUCAGGAUAACAAUGAAAGUAAAGGAAUUUCCCAAUUCAAGUUAAUUGCCAGCAUUCAGUCAUUAGGUAUAUAACCUUCAACAGGAUUUCUACCAUUACCACGAGAAUCCCAUCUGACAACUUUCCUUGAAAUUGAAUAUCAAACACUUAACAGACAUGAUAUGGGAGAGAACAAGCCGUUGACAGAAUCCGUACCAUCUUUACCAUCAACACUAAAAAUUCAUAUGAAGCUGGAAUGAAUUUUUAAAGGGGAAGUAAAUUAGUGCAAGACACGUCUAUUUUUUUGUUUCUUUAAAUCGAAUCCAUAUCACAUAGUUAGUGUAGGUUUUAUUAGGUCAGACUCCCACACGUUUUCAUAUU